AGCAUGUUUAUCAAUAUGGUCAGGACACAAUUUGGGCAACAUGUUAAACAAAUAAGGUCCGACAAUGGACAAGAAUUUCUUUCUAACCAUAUGCAGGCAUUCUUUCGUGAACAAGGAAUAUUGCAUCAAACUUCAUGUUACCAUUUCAGAGAAAUCAGGCGGUACUACUAUUUCUAAAUUACCAAUGGAAAUUGUGGAUGACCCAUUGGAAAUGGUUCCAAGUAGUGAUGUCAUUCAUGCACCAAUUGGGAGCAACAUUGCUACACCAAGUAGCAAUAAUAAUGCCAUUGGCACUGCACAAAAUAGCAACAAUGUACCAGCAGCAACAAGCAUGCUCAAUGAAGAAAUAGCACACGACUAUGUCUCUGAUUAUACCCAACAGCAACAGCAUGCCGAAAUCGAUGUUCCAGAUGUGCAGAAUGAUACCAGCCAUGCAUCUAAUCCAAUUGUUAACCAAGGAACAGAUUCUAGACCUCGACGUGAGAAAAAGGUGCCACAUUAUCUUACUGAUUACAUUCUUAAUGGUGUACAAGUAGAAGAAAAUCGACCUUCAAAAACAUUAGUGGCCAUCUCCACCGAAGAUGAGCCAAGAUCUUAUUUACAGGCCAUUAAAAAUCCUAAGUGGAGAAAAGCAAUGGAAGAUGAGAUCAAUGCACUUGAAAAGAACAAUACUUGGACUUUGGAGACACUACCCCCUGGAAAACGACCCAUAGGCUGAAAUGACUCAUUGCUUUGUCAAAAGCUGAAAAAUUUCCUUCAUACAAAAUUCCACAUCAAAGAUCUUGGAAAGCUAAAAUACUUCCUAGGCAUUGAAGUGGCACGACACCCCUCUGGCAUUUUUCUGAAUCAACAAAAAUAUACGUCAGACAUCUUAGUCGAAUCGGGCAUGCUUGGUACAAAGCCAUCUCUAUUCCCCAUGGAGCAGAAGCUUAAACUCACUUCAGAUGAUGGCCCACAUCUUUCUGACCCUAUGCAAUACAGGAGACUAGUUGGGCGUCUCAUAUAUUUGACAAUCACACGUCCUGAAAUUUCAUAUGCUGUCAAUAUCCUCAGUCAAUUCAUGCAAGCUCCUCAACGGCCUCACCUCGAUGCAGCGAUGCGUGUCUUACGCUACUUAAAAUCAUCACCGGGCCAAGGUAUCUUCCUCUCAUCCUCAAGCUCUCUACAACUUUCAGCAUAUUGUGAUUCAGAUUGGGCCAGUUGUCCUAUGACUCGAAGAUCCAGAACAGGUUACAUCACCAUGUUAGGGACCUCACCUAUAUCUUGGAAAACAAAAAAGCAAUCUACAGUGUCACGAUCAUCAGCGAAAGCAGAAUAUAGGGCUAUGGCUUCCACUAUAUGUGAACUCUUAUGGCUCAAGACCUUGCUUCAAACUUUAGGAGUUGAUCAUCCCCAACCCAUGAAACUGUUCUGUGACAACAAAGCUGCAAUUCACAUGGCUACCAACCCGGUUUUUCAUGAACGUACAAAGCAUAUUGAAAUUGAUUGUCAUUUUAUUCGGGAAUGGAUCCAAGCUGGAGUUAUUACUACUUUUCAUGUUCAUUCCAAACUCCAGCUAGCCGACAUCUUCACAAAAGCUUUGGGAAGUGAUCAAUUCCAAUUCCUUCUUCGCAAGUUGGGCAUUUUUGACUUGCAUGCUCCAACUUGAAGAGGGGGUGUUAGAAUUAAAGUCUUCUACUACAG